AAAAAAACAAUCAAAAGCUAGCAAAGCAGAGAAAAAGAAGACAGAAACUUUGUCCAUCGUCUCUGUGACACGAGCGAGAGUUGAAUAAUUCAAAGCAAUAUGAUAAUCAUUAAUUACAAUUACAUGAGAGGAGAGAUUUCUGGGGAUAUGGUUGUUGGUAGUCAUGGGAAGACAGUAAACGCCAUCGCAACUGCAUUUAUUCUGUCUGUAGAGUCAAACAAACUAAUUUUAUUAUUUGAUUCAUGUCCUGAGAUCAGAUGUAUAAAAGAAAAGAAGCCUCUUUUUUUUUCCACUGUCAUUAUCCAUCAUCAACAAGAUUUGUCUCUUCUGAGACACCAUGACGCUUCAUCGGUCUCUUGUGUUCUUCUUCUUGCUCCUAUCAUGCUUCGCUCUUUCUUCCUGGGCUCUUCCUCUUUGUUCCGAUUCAAGAGCUCCCUUGAAGGUGAAUUCGACAUUGAGCUUUUGUCCUUACAAAGGAAAAACAUGCUGCGAUACAAUGGAAGAUUCCAAUUUGAAGAAGCAAUUUCAAGCUAUGAACAUUUCCGACAAGGGUUGUGCUUCUGUUGUACAGUCAAUCCUUUGUGCUAAAUGCGACCCCUUUUCAUCGGACUUAUUCAGAGAUAACUCAGAUCAGCAGUCUGUUCCAAUCCUCUGCAACUCAACAACUUCAGCGAAUUCCACAAAGGACUUUUGCUCAGAGACAUGGGAGACAUGUCAAAACGUAUCCAUAUCAGACUCUCUUUUCGCUGCCUCGUUGCAAGGCCGUGUUGGUGCGCCAGCGAAUAACAACGCCUCUAAGCUUGCUGAUCUAUGGCAGUCCAAAACCGAUUUCUGCAAUGCCUUUGGUGGAGAUAGCUCCAAUGAAACGGUUUGCUUCAGCGGCGAGCCAGUUACUCUUAAUGAGACUACCCAUGACAAGCCACCUCAUGGUCUGUGCCUUGAGAAAAUCGGGAACGGGUCUUACCUCAACAUGGUUCCUCACCCUGAUGGCUCAAACCGUGCGUUCUUCUCUACACAACCUGGAGUAGUGUUCUUGGCUGGUCUACCGGAUCAGGAUUCGGGCGGUGUGUUGGAUGUGGAUCCAUCUAGCCCGUUUGUGGAUUUGACUGAUGAAGUUCAUGUUGAUAUUGAGUUUGGGAUGAUGGGUAUGGCUUUCCAUCCAAAGUUUGCUCAGAACGGUCGGUUUUUCGCUUCUUUCAACUGCGACAAGUCCAAGUGGCCGGGAUGUACCGGAAGGUGCUCGUGUAACUCCGAUGUGAACUGUGAUCCUUCCAAAGUAACUCCUGACAGUGGGUCUCAACCAUGCCAGUUCCAAACUGUUAUAGCUGAGUAUACAGCCAAUGGUACCUCUUCUUCAGACCCUUCUAAGGCGAAGAACGCUACGCCGAAAGAAGUCAGGAGGAUUUUCACAAUGGGACUUCCUUUCACAUCUCACCAUGCUGGACAGAUUCUCUUUGGUCCUUCAGAUGGGUACCUUUACUUUAUGAUGGGAGAUGGAGGUGGAGGCGCUGACCCGUAUAAUUUAUCACAGAACAAGAAGUCUUUGCUAGGAAAAAUCAUGAGGCUUGAUGACACAUAUGAAGAAGUGGAUCUCAUUACCAAAGGAGGAAACUACGGUUGGCGUGUUUACGAAGGCCUGGAUCUUUUCCAUCCGGACUCAUCCCCUGGAGGAAACACAUCUGCUAAAUCCGUAAACACGAUAUUUCCUGUGAUGGGUUACAACCACUCUGAAGUCGACUCAAGCGGAAAAUCAGCUUCAAUCACUGGAGGAUACUUUUAUAGAUCAGAGACUGAUCCUUGCGUAGCUGGAAUGUACUUGUAUGCUGAUCUAUAUGGAAAUGGAGUGUGGGCGGGGAUUGAAACGCCUGCUAAUAGUGGGAACUUUGUGUCCAACAGAAUAACGUUCAGCUGCGCCGGUGACUCACCCAUGAAAUGCAGCGAUUCUCCGGGAGAUACAGGGCUAUCUCUAGGCUAUAUCUUCUCCUUUGGUGAGGACAACAACAAAGACAUCUACUUGCUCACAAGCAAUGGUGUCUUUAGAGUUGUUAGGCCGAGCCGCUGCAAGUUGACUUGCUCCAAGGAGAACUCCACGGCGGCUAGAAGAAACCCUGGUCCCUCGGUUUCUCCUUCUUCUUCUUCGUCUUCUUGUUAUAGGCAUAUAAAUGGUUUCCAUGGAAGCUUGGUGGUUUUGUUGGUGUCUCUGUCUCUGAUUCUGGUGGCUUUGUUAGUGUAAAUGUAUAUGGAGAAGGUUUAAUCUUUUUUCAUAGGAUUGGAAGUUCUCAAGAGCUGCUUCUUGUUUGUGUUUAAAAACAGAUUUGUAAGUUUUGUUAUUGAAUUUGUAUGUUGAGAGAAUGCCAUGUAUGAUGAUGAUGAACUAGACCAGAGAAUACAUUUUCAUAAAUUGAGGAGAUUAUUAUCAGACAAUCUAACAAACGUUACAAGUAA